GCGUCAGUUGGCCCACGAUUUGAACAUGCAGCUCAUCAACGCCCAAUCGGAAGCGGAGCGGGUCCAGAAGGAGAAGAAUCAGCUCCUGGAGGAACGUGCCGAGGAGCAGAAACUGGUCAAGGAAGCGCUCGAGUCGGCCUUGAAAGAGCGAGCGCAGAUCGAGGCCAAGUGGAAGAAUGAUUUCGAGCAGCUGCGGACGGUGCACUCCGACCGGGAGGAGCAAUUCAUGGAGGACCUGCGAGUGGAAGAUACGGUCGAUGCAGAAGAACUGCAAGGAGAAGAUGGAGAAGAUCGAAAGCGAACACAAGAUGGCCAUGGACAAGAUGGCGCAGUUGGAGCAAGAGUCGAGCAAACAUAUAGAGGAGGCCAAACACCUAAGAUCUUACGAAGCGGAGGUGGCCCAGUUACGAGGGUUGACUUACGACCAAAAGGAGGCACUGAAGACAAUGACGCGCCAGAUUGACCAACUCAAGGCCGACUUGCUGAUGGCCAAUAACAAACUGGAAGCGGAAAUUGUUAAGGUGCAACAGAUCAAGAACCGCUGUGAAUACCAACUAUGUGAAAAGGAGCGUGAGGCUCUCAACCGAAUAGAAAUCGCUCGAGGAGAGAUUGCAAUGCAGUGGGAGGAUCGGUUGCUUCACGAGAUGAAUCGCCUAAAGAUGGAACUGGAGCAGAUGUACAUCGAGGAGCGAGUUGCCGCCAUCAACAAGUUCAAACGGGAAGCCCUGGAGGAAACGGAAGCGCUCAAGCACAAGUUCAACAUGCGCGAGAGGCAACUCAAAGAAGAGAUUGAAUCACUGAAAAGCACAAUCCAGUUGCAAAAACAAGCGAUGGAGGCUGCCCAAACGGAAGCGGAUCACAGACUAGUGCAGUCUCGAAUGUUUGUAGAACGAGCAGAACGAGAGCAUGAGACUUUUUGGCCAAAGAAGUUUCCAAGAGGGAUCAAAUUAUUGAUAAUCUCAAAGAACAAUACGAGAAGGAAAAGUUCGAGAUGGAGCAACACUUUAGUCUGAG